CGGGGCAAGCAGAGCUCAUUUGCAUUUAAAGCAGCCUCGACCAGAAUGGGAUGAUUUUUCCAGAGCUGAUUUUGACAAGGAGCUGGUGACUGACAGUGAGGAAGGUUUGUUCUUGCUCUGAAUUGAAGAACAGGAGGAAAGAAGAGUUGGCUGACUGAAGCACCUCGAAGCAGAACAAAACUGGAAAGCACAAAACUUCCUCCACUCGUUCCUGUGGACAGAAAAACAGACAAAAUAGAGACACACAGAAGAAGCUGUCAGAUAUGAGUCUGGGGCCGGCGUGCAUUUUCCUGAGAGGAGCUAAAAACAUUGAGCGUCCGCUUGCUGAUGAGGAGAUAGAUGAGCUGCGCGAGGCGUUUGCCGAGUUUGAUAAGGAUAAGGAUGGUCUGAUCAGCUGUAAAGAUCUGGGCAACCUGAUGAGGACGAUGGGCUACAUGCCCACUGAGAUGGAACUGCUUGAACUUAGCCAGAACAUCAACAUGAACCUUGGAGGAAGUGUAGAUUUCCAGGAUUUUGUUGACCUCAUGGCCCCAAAGCUGCUGGCAGAAACAGCUGGAAUGAUCGGACUAAAAGAGUUAAGAGAUGCAUUUAAAGAGUUUGAUAUGGACGGUGACGGUUCUAUCACCAUCGAAGAACUGAGGCAUGCGAUGCUGAAACUGCUUGGUGAAAACACAAACAGGAAAGAAAUAGAAGCUGUGGUCCGAGAAGCAGACAACAAUGGAGACGGGACUGUUGAUUUUGAGGAGUUUGUCAGAAUGAUGUCUAAAAACUGAGAAUACACCUGAGACAUUGAAGAAGGCCUGAAAAACACUCCAAAGAAGAAAACAUCUGCAUCAGAGACUCGGACAAUCAAUAAGGUCACCGGCGACAGUACUAUGCAUUUGGGAACAUUAUUUUAUACCACUUUGUUUGUGUAUUUUUAUCUUACUCUGAGUGCCACUUUGUUUUACUUUAUUGUUACAUGAUCUUAAAUACUGAAUCCUCCAUACACUCUGUAAAUGAUGAUGCUGUUAUAUAGCAGUAUUAUGUGACAAUAUUUCAGUGCA